GUCAAACACGAGGACGGCCAUGUUGAGGUGACAGUCAAAAUUUUACUUUUUCUUUGAGCAAUUCUUCAAAAUUUGUUUUUCGUUUUGGUACAAUGUCGUAUCAUCCGCCUCCACCGCAACCACUGGGUGCUCCUCCAGCGGGAAUACAUCUUCCGCCAGGGUUACCACCUCCUGGUAGUUUACCGGGCGGACUUCCCCCCCCACCACCGUUCCCCGGACCUCCUGGCUUUCCGCCACCACCGAUGCCUCCUCCGGGUACAGCAGGUGAGCAAAAACAAAAAACUUGACGUUUAGAAUGCCUUUGUAAGUAGCCUCUUGAAACUGUUUAAGUCUCGAAGAUUGUGGUGGCGUAGAUGCAGGAGAAGGUUUGGUUAAAAAAGCUACUCAGCUGUGCUUAAGUUUACAACUUGUUGGGGACGAAUCAUCGGAUUGUUGCAUUUAUGGACUUGUUUUCUUGCUAUAGAGAUGUACUGAUUCAAUCCACUGUACAGAAAUUUUGUUCGAUUGAUAAUGGCCUUGAUUAAAGAAACAGCCAUGUCUCUUCUCGUUGUGCUUGCAUGUAAAAAGGCAAGACUGGUUUACGAACGUGUUUCUCAUAUAAUUUGCAAGGUGACUUUCAGCAUGAAGAGUUCACAGCCUAACUUUCAUCAGGUUAAGACUGGAGUAUUGAGGUGAAGAAGCAACUGUUUGUUUCUUUUGUGAAAUUGCGAUAAAACUUUCUGAUGUUCCUUUCUAACUAAUCACUUUAAUUCCUCAAUUCUUUGUUGCUUUUAUAACCUGUUUGAAAUAGUAUAUGACAAUAAUCCUAAGACAUCUCUUUUUUCUUUUUGUGCAAAUGAUUUACCCAUGUUACUUCAGAUUCAGUAGAGGGGGAGAUAGAAAAUUUAGUGGUUUGUUUCCUUAGACAUUUCAUAGUUCCCCAUUUCCUCAACAAAUUUUACACUUUGUUCCUUACUCCCUUGAAGUAAACAGAUUAGUCUCCAAGCACCCCUCAUAAUAGUCAUUUUAAACUAGAGGUUUAACUGUUUGUUGUUAAUGUUGAAUUGUUGAGGAGUAGACAGUUGUUUCCAUGAAGAAUUGAUGCAAACAUUUGGAAAAAAAAAUUUUAUGGAAAGCAUAAAGAGACCUCAUAAGUGGGUUUGCAUAUCAACUAACUAGCUUUUAUUGGAAUCUCAGGAAAGUUUGACAUUGCAACCAUUUUAUCCCCAAGAUCUUAUAACUAAUUUUCCUUACUAUCUGCCAUACAAUUCUUAUGAGGUCAAAUCAAUAACGGUGGUAAGUUUCUAAAGAAACUGAGGUGCUGCAUUGGUAGGAGAGUAACAGGGUAAUUUAGUAUAAUCUAUUGAGUUGAUAAUGUAAAUUGGCCACCAUAAAGAGUUAAAAAGCUGACGUUUUGAGUUUUAGUCCUUUGUUAGCUUGGAGAAUUUAGCAUGGAAUCGACUAAUAAUCCCCUACUUGAUGUUUUUGUUCCUUCUCACUACUUUUUUGCUUGAUGUUGUAUUGAUAUUGUAAGGAGAAUUUCUCUCUUUGGUCACCCAUGGAAGUUAAAGAGAGACAUGUAACAUAUUUUUUCUGUUAAUUUUAUGUUGAAUCAACAGUCCCACCAACAAUACCCUCUAAACCUCCUAUUGCUGUACCAGGAGUACCUCCUUUAGGAGUCGUAAGUAUCCAUGUAAAUCUUUUACAUGUACAUGUUCACUUUCUCUCAUGUUUAGCAUCUUUGAGUGUUACCAACAGUGUUACAUUACAUGUAGCAACAGUAAAACUUUGAUAAAACUCUGGACAUGCAUAAGCCAAUGUAGUUUGGGAAUAACAUUUUUUUUAUUUUAUUUUAAAAUUUGAUGAGUGGUAAUACUUAAGUUAUUAUUUAUUUAUUUAUUUUCAAUCUUUAGCCCCCAGGUUUACCACUUCUUCCCACUCCAACAGCUCCGUCAGGACGAACACCAUACAAACAUGAAAAUAAACAGAAUAAUAAUAACCAGGUGGGUAGAGCCAUGUUUUCUUCAUUUUUGUUCUAUCACACUGCACAUGACUUUGUGUUCUAUUUAUCACCCUUUGCUUUCAGGCCCUGCUUUUGUUUAGUUAUACUCUUGUAAUGCUAGUUUUAAAAUUAGUUAUUUUGCUGCUGGUGUUUUGGAUUAGCUGUGGCCUUACUUACAGGACUUCAAACAUCAAUAUUUUUUAUAACAACACAUCAAAACUUCCUCUUGAAAAAUUUUAAUCCUUGAUAGACACUUUUCUGCUUUGUGUUAGAUAGUGUUAUGAGGAAAUUUAACCCUUUAACUCCCAUGAGUGACCAAGACAGAACUUUUCCUCACAAUAUUGAUGUAAUAUCAAGCAGAUAAGUGAUGAGAAUAAAGAAAAAUAUCAAUUUGGGGAUAAUUAAUUGAUCCAAUACUAAAUUCUUUGAACUAACAUUAUAAGAAUUGUAUGGUUGACAGUAAGGAGAAUUACAAAUUUAAUCUGGAAGUGAAAGGGUUAAAGGAAUAAUAACUGUUGUUGUAGUUGAAGAAAACUAAUAUUGUGCAUGUAUUCUGUAACUUCAGAAUCAAAACCAAGCAAAUUCAACCUCAACAACAACAGUGUUUGUAGGUAACAUAACUGAAAGAGCUUCUGAUGCACUUAUUAGACAAAUUUUAACGGUAGGUGAAACUCCUUUGGUUUUGAAAUAAUCUUGUUUAUAAAUGUUUUUGCUGCUUUUAUUAAGUGGCCCAGAUGGAAAACUCCUGUCCUGAGGGUUCUGUUGUUUUUUUUUUUUUUUUUUUUUUAUUUUCACUGUGAGAACAGAAAUGUGGUGUAGUAGUGAACUGGAAACGGGUACAAGGAGCCAAGGGAAAGUUACAGGGUGAGUGGACAUUUAUUGAUUGUGGAUAAUUCAUUUGUAGAUGGUGGAAUGUAAAUAGGAGUGCUUUAUCAAAAGCACUCUCAUGGCAGGAAUUAGACUUAACAGCCAGUGCCUUCUACAAAGUGUAAAAAAUUUAUCCUCAAUAUAAGUGAUGAUUUGAUAAAUAGAUUUCUAAUUUCAGCGUUUGGAUUCUGUGACUAUGGAGAUCCAGAAUCAGGUCUACGAUCAAUUAGAUUACUUCACAACAAAGUAUUAGGAGACAAGGCAUUAGUUGUAAGUGAAUCCUUCUCUUCAGUUGUUCCUCAAAUCUUGUGUAAAUUUUGUUACAUACCAUCUUAAUUAAUGGUCAGCACCUAAGAUAUGCUGUUCUUGUGAAGACACAGUCCAGUCGCCCAAACAAACACAAACAAAAAUGAAAUAGAACAAUCUGUAGUGCAGUUUGCUUUGUGUGAUAUUUGUUUCAUUUGUCUGCUUGGUUCCACUAGUCCCAAUUGCUCUUCCAGGUAGCCAGUACUCUAAUUUCUUUUUUAUAAGUAAUAUUACUUGUAAUUUAGGGUAAAAAGAAAACUAGAGAUUGUGGUUGAUUUAUUCCAUACUGUCCAGUUCUAUGCUAAAUUGAUUUUAUCUGUUGUGAAGGUGAAAGUGGAUGCAAAAACGAAGACUUAUCUUGAUGAAUACAAAGCUGAGAAGAAAAAAGAAAUGAAAAAGGUAGACAGAAAUCUCAGUCAUGCAAGCUUAUACAUGUUUGAUGGGCACACUUUGUGGAGACUUUGAAGGCAGUAAAAUUUUUUUCGUGUAGAAUGCUGAGGAAAAGAAAAAAGAGGACGGGGAGGCUGAUGAUGACGAAGAUGAUGAUAAUGAUGAUCUUGAUGGCGAAACCCUGGUAAGUGAUGACAUUUUGUCAUGAAAAUUCUCUGCUUUUGCUAAAUUUUUUAACUGUAUUAUAUUUCUCAAAAUGCAUAGGACUCUAAACUUUUACAAUUGUGCAUACAGAAUAUGAGCUGAUCACAGGUAUAUGUACUGUGUAUCUACACCUGUACCACUGAGAGUGUGUGAAGUGUUGCUGGUAAUUUUAUAAGAUCUUACAGGCAGUAUAUUACUUAAGUUAAGCAUGGUAGUAAUGUUUUCAACUGAUGGGAUAGCUCACUCUGCCAUGUAUAAUUUUUUAAAAAACAUUUUUUUUACAGGUAGAAGAUACAAGAGUCAAGAAAGCCAUUGAACAAAUCAUUUUAGAGCAUUCUGAUAUUUUAAACAGGAAAUUAGAAAGUAUGUGGUUCUGGAAUAAUUCUCGAAAAAAUAUGCUCUACUGUAUGUGGUAUUUCCAAAGGAUGCUAUUUAUUGUGGUUUGGUUGCCAUUGUACAAAUAAUGAUAACAAAGUCCCUUUACCUUCUAACCUAGCCUUCCUCAACCCUUUACUCUCUGUUAUCAGUAUACAUAUUUUCUUUACUACUCCCUAGACAUUUCCUAGGGUUCUGACGAGGAGAACUUGUUCAACAAUUGAGAGGUUCUUUAGUUGGUGAUCAUCUCCUUUAUCCUCGUGACUUUAAUGAUUGAUUCAGUGGCUAUUUUGUAAGGAGAAAUUAGAUGUUAGUCACUCUAAGGGGUUAAAGGAUGAAGCAAAUUACAGUUGAUAUUCCAGGUAAUUGUUCAACUGAUUGACCCCUAAGUGUGACCAGUAUGUCAUGUCUCCUUGUAAUAUCCCCCUUGAAUCAAACAUUAUGGUCACCAGAACUGAGGAAAUGAUCACCAAGUUGUUAAAGCUCUUGAUUGUCAAACAAAUUCUCCUUGUCAGCACCAUAAGAAAUGUAUAGAGAAGAGUGUGCAGAAUAUGCUAUCUGAUGUUAGAGUGUGAAGGGUUAAAUCCUCUUCUGUAGUGUCUUGAUACCAUUUUAUAUCAAGUAAUAUGAAAAUUUUGUGAGUGUUCAUUGUGCAGAUUGACACUUUCUUCUGUUUUUCAAGAGUUACUUUCUUUUCCUGUCAUGACUGAAAUUUGUACAGGGGAAUAAUUUUAAUGAUUAUUUUUCUUUUCAAGUGGGAAGAUUUUUGUUGAAAACCUGCAAAAUUUCUUGCUACAUAUAGUAGAAAUAUUCCAUCAACAAAUAUUUUUUAAUGUUCCCUGUUUCGAAGUCCAUCCACUAUUCAAAACAUGAGAAGUGGGCUUGUAUGACCAUUUGAAAGAGAAAGUGCUUCUUCAUGAUGUGUAUUUUGCUUUUCUUUGUCAGGUGAACCUUACAGAGCUACACACAGUGGUUCAGAGGUGUGUGCCAACUAUUCUGAAACUGUAGGGCUCAAUUUUGUCUUUUGACAUUUAACUAUAAGAGAAUGUUUCCUUUUCCAUUGGUGUCCACUAAAUUACAGGUUUUAUUUCAUGUACAUUAAGUUUAUUUGCCCAGUAACAAUUGCAUUUAACUCCCAAACAGAGAGGGACCGGGGAAGUCAUAGCAGGGACAUUUCACAGUCUACUCUGAAAAAUCUGUCAGCUUUCCCAAAUGCUUGUGCCUCAUCUUUCUUCUUGGAGGCAUGAUAUUGUAAGGCUACUUGGUAUCACAGACCCAUGGCUCAAAAUUUUUUUGACCACCCUGAGUGUCUAGCCAGAGACCCACAGAUACUUGAAAUAUUAAGAAAUUAGCUGAAUAAACCUUUUUUAUGAAUAAUUAAUCUGUAAAUGUCUCACAAGUGCCUUAUCUUAGUGUAUUUUUAAUUUGGUACAGGCUAUUUAAACAGGAAGUGUACAUGUUGGAGUGAAAAAUUUGGAUGGGCUAGUGUCUGUACAGGUGUCUCUAUGCCACCACAAAACUGUAAUUGUCUGUCUUGCUAAAGUUAUUUUUUGAUUAUUUUCAGCAAAAUUUGGAAGGUUUGGAUAUGGACAAUGAAAAGAAGAGCUUAGUGUCACGAGAGAUUAGAAGCUUCAGAGAUACUUACAGAGUAAGUUCACUUCUUUUUGUUCUUAAUCUUAAUUACUGCUUCUUCUCACUGGUAGCACAAACAGGGACACAUUGGUGUUGAUGUCAACCCACAUGUUGUUUAUGUUGCAAGUGUUCCACUCAGUAACUUACAAACAGAGUGCAUAAGAAAUCAGCCCUACCCAAAUUGAUAAGCAGUAAAUAAGGCAACGUUUAAUGAGAAUUAUUGUUGACACUAAAAACAGUUUAUUGAUGAGUUGGUGAGAUUGGUCGAUUUCCUCUUCUGCAUUUUCUGCUUCUAGGAUUUGAACUGGUAAGUAAUUUUAGAAAAAUUUUUUUGAUGAUCAUAAAUACACUGUAUGUGGCAUACUGUGGCUAGAAAAGUUUUCGUUUUCUGUGGUCGUGAAUGUUGUGUAGGGUCAGAUACGUUUUUGUGUUUUACCGCCACUGCAUGUUGUAUUGUUCACUUUUGAAUCAUUAUAGCUGUCUGUUAUUUAUUGUAAAGUACCUGACUGGACGCCAGAUUGUAGUGAGUUCAGAAAUUUCCAACAAAGUAAGGAUAUUAUCUCAUUGAAUACAGCAAAUUAAGUCAAGGCCAUGGAUCUCCAAGGGGUACUAUUAGUAAGUUUAGUGGGCGAGAAAGGAUACGGAGGGUUGGGCAAUUGGUAGAAGUUGAUAAGGAGGGAAGAGAGGGAGGCCUUCGUAGGUCGUGGCAUUAAUUCCUAUCAGUUAGUCGUCGGAUCAAGUAAUCGUGUUCAAGAGAAUAUUUCAAGUGUUAACUGGAGUGGUAACAUAUUUCAAACCUUCAGUGCACGGUAAGUAUUGUGUUUGUUUACUCUUGUUAAGAGUAUGUCGCUGCAAUGUGAAACUGGUCUCGUUAGAAUGUCUCACAGGUGUACAUUGUUUGUGGAAACAGUUGUUACUCUUUUGUUUUUAACAGAUGUAGCUGAGAUCGUUGAAGAAGAAAACUGACCUAGAGAGAGAGUUGUUGUGUCGAGGUGUAGAGUUGAAUUUCGACUGCCUGUUGUCUUUUUUUUUUUUUUUUUGGGAAAGUACUCGAAGACAACAUAGUUUUUGCUGACUAUCGUUGUGUUUUAACGAACAGGACAUCAUCGCGUUAAAUGUUACGAAGGAACGUCGCAACUCAACUUUGUUUUUUUUUUCAUUCAUGUUUUUCAGAGAGAGGACAAGAAAAAGGAAGAAGAGAAAUCGGAGAGGAAAGACAAAGACAGGGACAGAGACAAAGAACGAGAAAGGGAUCGAGAGAAAGACCGGGAUCGAGACAGGGACCGGGACCGAGACAAGGACAGAGAACGAGAACGUGAGAGAGAAAGAGAAAGAGAAAGGAAGCGUGAGCGUGAAGAAAGGGAACGUCGAGAAAAAGACCGUGAUCGCGACGAUCGUGACCGUGAUCGUGAUAGAGAUCGUGAUCGUGAGAAGGCGCGUGAAAAAGAACGGGAGUCUGAACGUGACCGAGAAAAGGAACGUGAAUAUGACGAAGAUGAAGAGCUGGAUAGACGACAGCGAGAGAGAAGACAACGGGAGAAAGAUGCCUCUUACCAGAAGGUUGGUUAACUUCUUUACCUCAGUAUUCAUGAAUUUAAAUAUCGCGCAAUUUUUCAAUCUUAACGGAUUGAAUGAUUAAAAAAAUUACGCUCACACUUUUAUAGUAGGGGAGACCAUCGUAGUUUUUGGGAAGAGUGUUUCAGAAGAAACUAUUUGUACUAUGGGUUAAGUGCAGAUGAAGUUGCAUGUAGAAGCAGAUUGGCUAAAAUCUCGACCGUUGAAGACUAAGAAUAAGAAAGUUUUUGUUUAUUUCAAAUCUGAGAGCAGUUACAAACCACUACAAUUUCCUUACCGUUCUAUUUCAGCGGUUGAAAAAUUGGGAAAAUAGAGAACGUAAAAGAGCUCGGGAAUAUGAACGAGAAAUGGAAAAAGAAGGCGAGAAGAAAGAUGAACAGGUGAGAAUAUAUCUGGACCCAGUUGUUGAAAGAGUAGACAACGCUUUCCAUCGGAGAAAUCUCUGUCCAGUGGUCAACAUUACUUAUCCGCUGAAUAGCCGCGAUUUACCUGGCACUGUACUUACUACAUUGUACCAUAUGUCACACUUCAAGUGAUGCUUGUGAACUCUUCGAAAACGGUUUCGAUCUGACUUGAUUUUGAACUGAAAGUUUACAGCGUUUACAAAAGCUAUCUAGGUGUAAAUGACUUCAGCUAAUUCUGUUUUAUAUCAUUCCCAGGCACGUGAGAGGAAGCAUUUACAGGAAUUUCUUGAGGAUUACGAUGACGACAAGGACGAUCCAAAAUACUACAAGUAAGUGAACAGUUCAGAGAAGGAACAUUUUCAUUAUGUCACGAUUGGUGCAUUUUGCAAUCCACGUCAAUCCUUCUUAGCCCUAAUCAGUCUCGUUCCUUUGUUGUUCGUUCGUUCAAGAGAAUGGUGUCCUGUCUAACCUGAUAAAUAUUUAUGGCUGCAUUCACGUGGAAGAUAAUAUUGCAGCGGGCAAUUCGAGAUAUCAAGACAUAGCGCGUUUUGAUCGUAAAGGGUUAAACGAACAGUUUUUUCUCUGCCUCUGAAGUCUUAGCGGCCACCCAGCAUAAUAAAUGGAGUAGCUGCUGGUCAGUAUGCCUUGUCUGUAGGCUAACCCUGUCUAAAGUUCCUUCAGAGCAAGAACUACAGACUUACUUGAUACAGACGCACAACGAACACCCAAAUUCCAACCAAACCAAAACACUGUUACUCGCCUUGUGUAACCUCCUGUUAUUAGGUCACUGUGUAUUGCACUUUCAUCGUUAACCAGUCACAUUUUUACUUGUAGGGGAAGUGCGCUACAGAGACGGCGACGCGAAAGAGAAAUGGAGGUAGAAACAGACGAACGAGAUCGCCAGCGAGAAAUGGAGGAAAUAGAAGAGAUUAGAAAACAGAUUGUUGAUAAUCGGCCUGAAGAUAUGGAUGAACAGGUGAGAUCUCUUUCGUUUGGCUUAAAACUCACUCAUACAAGUGAUAAACUUGUACUUUCUCCUUACAAUUCCAAUACAUUGUUUGGUAAACAGGUAAUGAGAUUGGAAAUUUGUAUCAGUCAGGGUGAUAUCACUAUAGAGCAAAUUCUAAAGGCAAAAGUACCGAAAAAUGUGAUAUAAAAAAGGAUUCUAAAUGCAAAGAAGCAGGAAAGAAGAAUUACUUAUCAAAUCUGGGAGUAAAUAAUUCUCCAAUAGCAGUAUUAACAGGUUUCGGCGUUUAGAACUGGAAUUUUUUUUCCUCUGGAGUCUCUGUGUGGGUAUUCAAUGUUGAAGUCAUGUAAACACAGUUGUCUUCUAUAAAGAUUUUUAGAUGCGGUAAAGUUUGGUGCAGGUGGUUCAGAGAGCGUUCGAAAAAAUUGUUGAUUCUCAUUUAUUGAAUGCAUUAUAACCCUCAAGAGCGUUCCCUUUUCGUUUAAGUUGCUAAAUUGGAAGCGUUAUGAGUAAUGUGUAAAUCCUUGCAUUAAAAGAAAGAAAGGGAACUAAUACUUUCUAUUACCGACUGUCAACGGCGUCCUUGUCCUUACUGAGUUAGCAGUUCAUCAUGUUAUUUUCCAGGACGGUAAGGACAGUGAGAAGGAGGAGGAAGUCAAACCGGCUUUACAACCGACUUUCAAGCCAGCCGUGAUAUCACAACCUCAGCCGGUAAGAGGAAACAUUUUCAUCCUCUUCAUCUUGUGUGUCAUUUUCUUGUUUUGCACAGUAAUGAUCCAUCGUAUGAAAGAAGGGUGCAGAGAGCGUGUCUUUAGGCUAGAAGUCUUGUUUGAUGUAACAGCAGAACUUCGCAUGGAGGGAGUGAGAAAGCAGCCAGUAUGGCAAAGAAAAUGAACAUCUUAGUUUGUGUGAAAAACCUGACAAUUUCAAUCCCCCCUCUCUCGCCCCUCCCACCCCUCCUUUUUAAGUCGACCCGUUCGUUGUUCUAACUUUUCAAAUAGAUUUUCACCAGCCUUGUGAUUGUCUAGUUUGUACCUCAGGUCGAACCUGCUCCUAUAUCGAACUGGUCACCAAGCCCCAGAUCAACCGACUCGAUGUCACCAGUCACUAUUGGCAUAAAAAGAGGGCGAGAGAAUGGGCAAGAGCCAGAAUCGGAAGUUGAACCAGCUCCUAAGAAGGCGUUUGGAUUUGAAAUGAAGCUGAGUAGUAACAUGGUAAGAAUAUUGAAGGAUGUCUAGUCAGUUUCAUUCUCAUCUUCUUGUUUAGAUUAACUAGUUUAUGACCAAGCGAAUAAUUUGCCCCAGUGGAACGGUCUAGAGAUAUUUUCAGGAUAUUCAGCAAGAAUGAAUACAAAGGACCUAGAAAUGCCUAUGAUGGAGAAGAUCAACAAAGAUUACAAAUAACGAACUGAAAAUAACUAGAUGGAAAAGAUGGUCGAAACGUGACGGGGCACCUUCGACUCGUUGAGUAAAUUCCUCCACCCUUUUUUAAGAAGUAUGGCUCGACCGGCAACCUUACGGCAGGCUUGAAAUGUACAUAUAGAAGCAUUGCUGAAGCACAGCUUUGUAGUUAACUGCAGUACUGCAAAGGUCUGAACAACAGUAUAAAUUAAGGAAGAUGUUUUUUUCGUCUUGUCACGAGCGUGGGAUAAAGAAAAAUUCUGAGUCCCCAUGAGGAAUCGAACCUCAGACCUUCGGAUUUGCGCUCCGAUGCUCUACCACUGAGCCACAGAGACUCAUCGGUGAGCGAGUUCUAUUACGAAUUCUUAUAACACACGUCCUGUAUACUGCUAGGAUCAGCAAUGUCGAUAGCGUAAUGUUUUUGAUAGAAAUAGUACAGAUGGUAAGUUUUGAGCUCACGCUCGUGACUAGACGAAAAAACAUCUUUCUUAAUUCUUCACCGAGCUCAAAACUUACCAUCUCUACUAUUUCUAUCAGUAUAAAUUAACUUUUUGGUUCCUAGCACCUUUUUCUUUCAAGCACAUUCUAAAAAGGCGCUCUGUGAUCGGUUGUCGCGAAACCAAGUGCUCAGCGACUAAUUGUGCCAAUGAGCAAAGUGGCCGAAGCGCUAGAAAACGCAAGUGACCUAGGCACGAUUGCUCUCGGUUUGCAACUGAUUAUUUGAGUAAAAAGCGCUUCUUUUCGAGACCAAUCACAUAGCAUAGUAAAGCAAAACUAAUGCAGUCCAGGAUUAUUACUCUUUGUUGAAAAUUACUCUGAAGUGAGAAAUUAUUCUGAGUAAUGUUUGUUCUUGUCAAUAGCCCUCGAACCAAGCGAGUCGUAAAAAGCUGGAGUCAGUCUUUGGCGGAGGUGACGAUGACGACGGAACAGGAGCGACUCCUAAGCGGAAACUGAUCAAACUGGACGAGGACGAUAUGGCCAAGGAUGACAGUAACGAGGCUGAAGAUAAGAAACGGAUUAUUAAGUCGCUUAUAGAACGUAUUCCUACUGCUAAAGAUGAACUGUUUGCUUAUAGCUUGGACUGGACUAUGAUCGACCAGGUUAGUGUGUUGUGCUAAAUGUGAAGAUUGUAUUUCAUUUCAGUUGGAACGGAUAGCGUUUAUCUCUUCGCCCGGCAGGGACGUCUCACUGAAGGAUUAUGUAAGAUUAACACUGCCUUUAGUUUGAUGUAAGACGUAUUUUCUCGAAGAAAUGUCUCCCUGGUGCCCUGUGAUGCGAAAUUAUGUGUUGAAAUUAUUGAAUCGUCAAGGAGUGUAAGCUUCAAAACACCUGCUUAGAGACACUUUCUUGACGAGGAUAAGAAGUCCCAAGGAAUGACAUUUAUCGAGAAAAUAAAAGGAAACAAACUCCAAAGCGUUUUUGAAAUGAGCUGGAAUGUAUGCGUUCAGAAACAAAGCAUUUUAGUUUAAGGUGGCUCUGUGUGCUCGGCAAGUCUCAUACCCGUGAUUUCAUUGGACGCUCGGAGCAUCACGGUAUGUAAGUACAGUUUAUAUCACUAACUAACGGUAGGGCUGAACCCCAGGUCUUGCGCCAGUAGAUAGUUAGACAUAGGUUAUCGAGUUAGAUCUGGGGCGAGGCUGUAAUCACGUGCUUGAUUCAAUUUCUAAACUUUUAAGUGGUUUAUUUUAGGGUCUUGUAGAUCGUAGGAUACGUCCUUGGGUUAAUAAGAAAAUUAUCGAGUACAUUGGCGAAGAGGAGCUGACCUUAACAGAUUUCAUUUGUAGUAAGGUAAGACAUUCAGAUGCGCUCUUUUACACAGUUAAUUUAUCUUUGAAUAUAAUGUUCACCUUUCCACUCGCAAAUUCUCCUUAGCAAUUCUUCAGACUGUAUCCAUACAAUUCUUGGGAUGUUAAGUUGGAGAGUUUUAUAUGGGAUCAACUAAUAAUCCCCUAUUGGUAUAAUUAUUCUUAAUUCUAAUCACCUGCCUGCGUAAUGCUGUAUUGAUAUUGUAAGGAGAAAUGCUGUCUUGGUCACUCAUGAGAGUUAAGGGUUCAUGGAGUGCCGUAAAACCGAAGCAAAAAACGUAUUUGUUCCCGGCAUUAAUAGUUUUUUUUUUUAUUCUUUGAUCUUCAUUGACUUGUUUGGUUUUGUUUUUUUAGGUCAUAGCUAGAAGUUCGCCAAAACACAUCCUUGAGGACGUCUCUAUGGUAAGCAGAGUUGUUAUGUUUGCUUCUGGUUAUGUUCAGAUGAAAAAAUCGUGAUUUAGAAGAAUUUAUUUUACAUUACAACAAAUGUUAACAUUCAUUACGGUUUUUCCGAUAUAAGUUUUAACUGAUUGAGAAGAGGUGACAACUACAAGGCUAGGGAAAGAUCGUUGUCUGUCACAGAGAGACGGCUGUUAUCCCGAUUUUUUUUUUGACUGAAAUUACAGACCUAUAAAAAUUAUGCAUAAUAAAGAACAAUUAAGACAAGUAUGAAAAGUUGUCAAUUCUUUUACAAGCGCUUUAUUUGGUAGUGAAAUGUACUUAGUGAAUUUUUGUUUUUGUCAAAAUGCUCUUCAAAAUUAAACGAUUUAUCUUCAUCUUGUAUUUGCUGUAUUGCAGACUCCGCUAACUUAGAGAGCAUUGUGCAUUCAUACUUUACGUGGAGAAAAUACCUUUUUACCUCUCUCCACCUUGAACAUCCCACCUGCGGUUAACAUGUUACUUUUCAAAAUGUCAAGACAUAAACGUGAAUGGAACAACUUGAUUUCUAUUUGGCUUUACCCUGGUAUAACACCAAAUUCUCAUUAAUCAUCGUCAAGGAAAUAUAUAGCUGUUACAAUGAAUAGAAUUACUAGUCAAGUCUUUGGAGUAAUGUUAGAACGCAAAGAAGCAAUGUAGCAUCCUUUAGUAGAUGACAUUGUUCCUUGAACCCUUAACGUGUUAUUAGAUUGUUAAUCAGCCUUAAAUGACCGACUGUGUUAUUAUAUUAUUUUUUACUGUGUCUCGGAAGACCGUGGGCAGACUGACAUUUCUCUGCCUAGCAGUAUCUGGCCGGAUGUAAGUUUGUGGUUGUUUUUUCUUUUUCACAGGUCCUAGAUGAGGAAGCAGAGGUUUUUGUGGUCAAGAUGUGGCGCCUUCUUAUCUACGAAACAGAGGCUAAGAAGCUGGGGUUGGUCAAAUGAUCCUGUUGUUAUAGUAUUUGUUAUCAAAUCUUACUUCUACUUUUCACCUUUGUAUUCUUAAAUUAAUGAAAAAAGAACUAUUGAGUGAUGUAAAUAUGUUGCAAUACGUCCAUGAUUGUGGAGUCCACUCCUUUUACCUUCUCUCUUUUUUUUUCUCCUUUUGGGUAGACUCCAGGCUCUCUAAAGAUUAGGCUUGAAUUUCCCAGACAGCUCAUUUCCACAAGGCAAACACAUUUGAAAACUCUUAACCCUAUCACUCUCUGAAGUGAUCAUUGCUAGAUUCUCCUGACUUUCAGAUGGACUUAAUCUACACGGUAAAACGAAGUAUUCGUGGAUAGCCAACAGAAAAAUCGGUAGAUUAAUAGGAGAAUUAGCAUUGAGAUGAAGGGUUACCUACGUUAGUUGUCUUACUGUUUCCUCGACUCGAGUUUGUGUACUUCUGCAAGCAUACAAUAAAAUUGGCAGAUACUAAGUGCAGUGCCCGUCCAACCUUGUUCCAAGCUCUUAGCCUCACAAUCGUUGUGAGGAGUCUGGAAACAAGGUUGCAUAGGCUGCCUAACCAUAAGUAAAUAGAGACAUUAUCAAGCAAACGACAAAUGAGAAAGAUGGAAUACAUUCAGCCUAAAGUAGGAAAAGAUUACUGGUAAUAUUCCAUAGGAGGCUACGUGUAAAUGAAGAAGUAAUCAAAUGAAAGUCGAGUGUAAACAGAAAGAUUAUUGCAAGACUAGAAAUUCUAAGCCAUCUCACUUUCGUCUGAUUUGAAUGUCAAAUGCAAGUGUGUUUUCUCAGUUGUUUAAAUAAACGAGCUGCCUAAAGUAUUUCAGUGUAUAGUUUUUUGCAUCUUAUCCGUCAGUUUGUUCUUCGAUGUUAAAUUAAUCGUGAGCCUGUGUUUGGUAACCGUAGAAACACGUAUGCAGCAUCUCUUUUUAUCUUGUUAAAUGAAAAACCAGGGUUGUAGAAAGAAUCUAUAUUGAGAGAAAAGCACAUUGAUUUGCUUGCAAAUUCCCAUUUUUACCAGAAUAUCUAAGUUCGGAACUGGAGCUGAACUAUUUAUUUAUUUUUUUACCUUCAAUUUUGGCGUGAAAACUUUCCCAAGAUAUUCUUAAAUUUAUGUCGUAUUGUCUUACCCAGCAUCAAUACGUUGCCUUUUUUGGAUAAAUUUAAAGUAAUUACUUUAAGUACAAACCAAGUAUGACCAGAAAUUGAGAUGUUCUUCAAUGUAUCAUGCAAUAGCAAAAAAAAGUUGCAAAUGCGGACACAGAAAAAAAAAAUCCCAAGGAUUGGGUUGAUUGUCUCCUUAAAAGUAAAAUUCGCAAUUAUUUAAUCUUGAAUUCUACCUCUCCAUCGGAGAAGUGAAUGGGUAAAAUAAAAACACUCUUAACUGACUCAUUGUGCAUUUUUUCA